CAUGGCCGUUAAGUCCUUUACAGCAUCAGGUACUGCGUUUGACUGAAUUAGUUAGACUUUGAGGAAGUCACUGAGGGUAACUUACACAGUAACAGGUGGAAAGAAAAUGUAGACACACAACUGGGGGGGCUCUAACUUAUUUUUCUUUGAUUUAUCUCUGCGUGGCAACGGCAUUUAUAAACUUCAUAUAGUACUUUAUGCUAGCUAGCUAACGAAGCUAACGCCGACGUCUCGACGUUAACUUGUGUCAACUUUUUCAGCCAGCGAGGCUAAUCUGCUACUUGACUGCCUAUCAAAAUGGAGGAGUGCCGUUGGUCGCCCAGCCUGUGUCGAUGAAUAUUGUACACAAGGACGUCUCGGAUAUACUCAGCUAAAGGCUGACCUAAACUUUCUUGGAGGUUUCCUUUUGGUUUGUGUCUUUUUUUUUUUCUCCAACUGGCAGCAGCCGAGCGCUUGCCAGGCGACCGCGUAGGAACAUCGCCGGGAAGGGCGGACGUAAACAAUGUUCUCUGGCAAACCCAUGAAACCAACCUUCAAGUGUUAUCUUCCUCCUCUACAGACUGAUGUGAAGACAACUAUUGAACCACCUAUUAAAAAGUUGGAGCCUAAGUUACUUCCAGGGGAGAUAGUAGUUAAUGAGGUGAACUUUGUGAGGAAAUGCAUCAGCGCUGAAAGCAGCCAGGAUGACCUUUGGGGGAAGUUGAUAUGCACCAACUUUAAGGUCUCCUUCAUCCCUCAGGAUGUGCCAGCUAAACAGAAGUUCCAGUUGUCCCACCUGCUGCUUGGAGAGCACGACAUCCCCCUGACCUGUUUGGAGCAAGUAGUAACAGUGAAUGAUACAAAGGGGAAGAAGAAAGUGUUGGGGUCAAAUCAGAAGCUGAAGUUCAACCCCACUGAACUCAUCCUCUACUGCAAAGACUUGCGCAUCAUAAGGUUCUGCUUUGAUGAGGCCGGGCCCGAGAGUGCCAAAAAGGUUUGCCUUGCUAUCGCCCACUAUUCCCAUCCAGCAGAUCUUCAUCUGCUGUUUGGCUUUGAGUAUCAAGGACGGCGAUACCAUGAAUCUAAAGAGGAGCGAGUCAAUGGCUCAAUCUCUCGACGAGGAUUACAGACCCCCAUUUUUGACCGUCCAUCUGACUGGGAUCGGGAGAUCAAGAGAACGGGUGCUUCAGAGUGGAGGGUGUGCUCCAUCAACGAGAGUUAUGCCACCUCACCAAGUCUUCCAGAAUUUAUUGUGGUCCCAGUUUCUCUGGCAGAUCAAGAUCUAAAGCGGUACUCAUUAUUCUUCGCUGAUAAUCGCAUUCCGCUCUGGUGCUGGAAUCACCCGAAUGGGAGCGCUCUUGUCCGCAUGGCCAGCAUAAUUGAUCCAAUACAGCAGAGGAAGAUUGAACAGAGGGUCCUUACUGCCAUCACAAAAAGCCACCCACAGCAAAGUGAUGUCUUGAAGUCUGAUCUGGACAAGUGUCUGCCUAACCUCCAGGAUAUCCAGAGUGCCUUUGUUAAAGUCAGGCAGAUCUGUGUCAUAGAUCCUUUUGAGGAGUCUGAGGAGAGGUGGCUUUCAUCCAUUGAAAACUCACGAUGGCUGGAGCACGUCAGGGCGUUUUUGAGGCAUGCAGCUGAGAUAGUGUACUGCCUGGAUGUAAAGAAUGCUUCAGUCAUUCUCCAAGAGGAAGAAGACCGAGACCUGAACUGUGUAGUGUCCUCAUUGGUGCAGCUCAUGUUGGAUCCUCACUAUCGCAGCCUCAUUGGCUUUCAGAGUUUGGUGCAGAAGGAGUGGGUGAUGGCUGGCCAUCGCUUCCUGGACAGAUGCAACCACUUAAAGAAGAAUGACAAGGAGGAGUCCCCACUGUUCAUGCUGUUCCUGGACUGCGUGUGGCAGAUGAUGAACCAGUACCCAGCAGCAUUUGAGUUCACAGAGGCCUAUCUGACAGUACUGAGUGAUAGCAUGUGGAUCCCACUCUUCAGUAGUUUCCUUUUCAAUUCUCCCAAACAGCGGGCUCAGCACUUAAAGGACUUCGCCAAGAAUAAAGCCAUCCCUCAAGGAGAAGACCAGGUUGUUUAUUUCCCUCCUGUUUGGGACUGGUCACAGCAGUUCUCCACUAAAGACCAAACCCUCUUUAACAACCCCAUGUAUGUGGGCAAAGGGGCUGCCUGUGUUCAGAAUGGGGAAGUGAAAACCUUCAGACGCACAAAGCAGAAAACCUACAGUUCCACAUUGCGAGGAACACCAGCCUCUCUGCGUAAUGGACUGAGGGGUGGAGAGGAUACAUUGACCCGACGGGGCUCUCUGGUGUCGGAGCUGAAGCCUGAUUUCUCACCAGUGAAAGACGAAAGCCCGUCAGAGCGCUUCUUCAGGGACUGGUUCUCUCAACCUGCUGACCAGCAGGGCCUCCUGAUUCCCCUGCUCAUGCCCUCACACAUGGCUCUUUGGAAGCUCUUCUUCCUUCGCUGGGUUCCUGAAGCCUGCAUUCCCAAAGGAGGCCCCAUGACCGCCUACCACAAGCUCUCCCAACUGGUUGACGAAAUUGAGAUACUGCAGAGCAAGCUCAGGCAGUAUAAGGGACCCAGUCCGGGCAGCACACCAAUCCCCAGCCCAAGUGGGCCCCCUUCAGACCAAAGGAGGAUGUAUUUUAAGGCCAGUUCCCCGAACGACCCCCCUACACCUCCAGACUUCCUUACCUCCUCCUUUCCUUUCACCCCAAUGGGAAAUCUGUGCCGCCGUAGUAUCCAUGGGACUCCCAUUAGCAAAUUUCUGAAUGGGGCGAGGAUCUGGCUCUCUACAGAGACUCUUGCUAAUGACACUGUCUGAGGAAGUGUGGCUUUCGGGCUCACUUUUCUGAGCCUAGUACAGGUCUGUUUAACAACUAAUCAUCUUAUUUUCUAUUACCUCUUUCUUAAAUACCAAGAAAGAAAAUGAGAAAUAGAAAAAAUUUACUUUGAACUUCUGAUUUUUAAUUAUUUAUAAGCUAGAAUGUGCACCAUUGAUGCUGCAUUGAAAUCUGAAGUAAUUUCUAAACUGAAGUGCCAUUUAUAGGACUGAAUCAUUAUUGUCCAUUACAGCUGAAGAAUUCAGAUUCACUGAAGCGCUUCCUCCUUAUUGGCCAGUGAGUUGUUACUGUGAGGUGUCCUCUGACUGUGAAAGAUCAUCAUCUUUAUUAUAGAUGUAUUUUCUUGUCUACUCUUGUCAACCGCCCUUUCUCUCCUGGCUUACUUUAUGACCCACACAAGGGUUGCUUUUCAAGAUUUUAAUAUUGAGUUGAGAUGAGGUUGAGAACUGUCUUCCCAAGAUUUACCUGGGAUUUACUGCACGUUUUGAAGCAAUAAUUGAUUAGCUAUUAGUUAGUUAGCAUGGCUACUAUACAGAUACUUAAAUAGCUAUCAGUUAAGUUGUUCUUUCAUUGAAUUCUCAUAGGACAAGACUUCUCCACUGUAAUGGAAUAAUGAUACUUGAAAUUAGAAAAUGCUCAUUUUUAUUGCAGCAGCAAUGAUGUAUUUCACUGAACACUGAUUUCCAUUUGUUUGUGCCUUCCAGGAAAUUUAAUUGAAGAUGUAAUGUUUUACCCGAUCUUUUUUUUUUUUUUCAGAAAGAGGAACAGAAAAUAACACUGCUAACAAGUAUUCUACCAUGUUGUAAAAACAAAGAGGAUCUGGCCUGGUUGAAUGUAAAGGUUGUUUUUCUUUUUUUUUUUUUUUUUUUUUUUGCACAGACUUAAUGCUAUUUGCUCCAGGUGCCCAUAUUUUAAUAGUUGUGUUGGUGUUUUGCUGUAAGUAGCAAAUAGUGUGAUUUCAGGGUCUUACUUUGUAGAUGUACUCUAUUUUUCAAGCAGAAAUAAGGGCCUAUAUUUUUAGUAUCAUAGUGUAGGUGAUAAUGAGGGGGAAGUGGAGCUGUGAGGACUUCAAUCUGUGGUAGAUAUUUCCUUUUCUCUUUUGAAGGGGAUUUAUUAAACUUUACAAUGCUUAUAAUACUGCUUUGCAUAGAGGAAUGCUUUGCAUAGAAAACGAGCAGUGAAGUUACUGUACUUCCAGUCAGGAUAGUGAUAGUGAACUUAGUUCGCAAACAUGCUCUCAGCUAUUAAUGAUGCAAUCAGGGAAUUUUCUUGAAAGCUAAACUUAAAGCGCUCUGCAAAUAUUUUGGUAUUUAGACCCCCUUAAAAAUGUCUCCCUGGGAAGUUCACGAGCAGCUGAACGAGGGGCUGGUUUGAGACACAUCUGGGGACAAUGUUCAGUCAGCCCUUUAAAAACUGGUAAGAAACUAGUAGUGUAUAAUAUCUUAAUGUCGUAAAAUAACAACACAACAUUUAUUAUCAAAGCUCUUUGUAAUUCUAAAUAUAACACCAGUGGACAGACUCAAUAUCUGUCCUUCUGUUACGCAGUGGCAUUGAUCCAUAGAUGCUAAAUUAACCAGUUUCCAAUGAUAUUCAGAUACACUCAUGAUUCUUUGGCAAUAACUAGUUCAGGUUUUUUUUUUUUUUUUUUGGUGUCUGUAAAUGUGUAAUGUGAGUGCAACCCUGUUCUCCCAAAUGCUAUUCAUUGCACAUUUUACUCAGUAUAUAAGAUAGUUUGUUUUAAGUUGGUUUUUGAAUAUAAUUUUGGCAAAUAUUAUGCAUACUGUAUAUGCUUGAAAUCUUCCAAUUAAUAUUUUUGAUUAAUGGUACUAAAUAACUUUUAUCCUUGAUUUAGUCUUUAUAUUUUAUGGAGAGAUAUUUAUAUGUUGUGUUUUUCCACUAAUUCACAAUGUUGCGCUCUGCUGUAAUUGUAUGAUGACCGUGCUUCCACUGUGGCACAGUUUGAUAUUGAUUAGCAGCAGAUGUAUUUAUUCAAUUAUGCAAAUGUUCUCUAAGAGGGAUGCAGUUGCUGCUGUGUAUCCCCUGUGCCUUUUUGGGAAGAUUGACCAUUGUUUUAACAAUAUUCUAAAUCUGUUGACCUUACCUUAGUUUUCUAAAACUUCUGCAAAUCUAGUUAAAUGAUGAGGUACUGCACUGAAGCUUUUUUUCCCUAACAGAAAUAAGGCUCAAAUGUGUACCAGUAACCAGUCAUUACAUUAUUUUUCAAAUGAUUCUGUGUUAUGGCUUUUAUUUCAUUGGGAUCAGGCUCAUGAAAAUAAUGCAUCACAUAAUAAGAGUUCAGAUUUUUUUUUUUUCUACUACAGACAGGAUAAUUCCACCUCCCAUAUUUAACAAAGGACAUGAAUAUUUGCCAAAAAAAAACCUCAGAGUUUUUUCAAUGAGAAGGGACAAGUAAUAAUUCCUUACUGCCAAGUGAAGAAAACACAGCCAGCAGUCAUAUUCACAACAGUUAUAAUCAUUGAUUACAUAAAGAUCCUACGAGUCAAGCUUAGUAAUAUUAUUCUUGGAAUUUUAAAUGUUUUUUUAAUUUAUUUUCUCUAAGAAAAGAUUAAAUCCCAAUAAAAUUCAUGCAUUGCUAUAUUAA